AUGGAGGAGACCCGGGCCCAAACAUCCGGAUGCCCCCCCGAGCACGAGAGUCCCAGGAGAACCACCGCAGGGACAACCGCGGCCCCCACCCAGAAAAGGGCAGAGGAGGGCCCGGAGGGGGAUCAUCCGGCAGCCACAAUGCAGACGUCCCAGGGGGGCGUGGCGGCAAGCCCGCAGGUUCCGCCGGCAGCCGGCCACACCAGAGCAGACCGGCCCUGGGCCCGGCGAUCCAAGGGCCCCCCACCCCCUAGCCGGGGCCCAGCAAAGCCAGGGGGGCCAGGCCCCGCCAAGCAACCGCCGAGAUCGGGCCAGCGCUCACCCGAGCAUCCCGCCCCGGAGCGAGAAACCACCAACGCACCGGCGGCCGGGGGCAUCCUCCACCGGCACCACUACCCCCAGAGGGGCAAUCAGCGCCAGACCCCGGAGCUGAACCCUCUUCACUCUGGCGUGGAGACAGGAAGACCACCCCGGUACCCCGCAGCAGCAGAGAAGACCACCAGCCCAGACCCCGACCGGAUGGCCAGCUCGUCCUCACAGCCCCCAGCCCCGGACAAAGAACAGAGAACAGGGGUGGCCACAAGGAGACAGAGGAGUACCACCUCCCCUGCAUCCCAGCAACACACCCGCACCCCAAAACCCUACCUGUAUGUUGGUGUGAUGGAGCGGGAGAAGGGAAGCAUUAGGGAUGGGGAGGAAAUCAUUGGAGGGGGCAAAGGCAGGGGGCCCAGGCCCAUCCAGACCGGGGCCCAGGCCCAUCCAGACCGGGGCCCAGGCCCAUCCAGACCGGGGCGGCCCACCGGACCCCACAGCAGAGGAAAAACUACCCCCACCCCAUCAUUCAGUCAACUCCCAGACUACAGAAGACAAUAG